UAAGGCAGAGCAGCGCUGAAUCACUACCUUUUCCCGCAUACUCUAUAAACUGUUGCCUACGAAAGAGGAACUGGGGGCUUAACUAUUCAGGCUGCUUCCAUUCAAGUGUUCCAGACGGUGUAUAUACAUCCAAACAGACACUUCUUUCGGCUCUUUGGAGUUUAUAAGGAGCAGGCAUCUGAAACUGCACUCUGAAGCUAUAUUCCAGAGAUGUACCUGAACAAGUUGCCGGUCGGUGUAAGCUUCAAAAGAGAUCCUUAAAUGACCAACCCCAUUCAUUCCGUGAGCCAGGAAAGAGUGGCACUUUCCAGUCCUGGCUGCUUGUCAGAAUCACCUGUGGAGCUUUAAGCUGUACAGCUGUUCGUGCUCCACACAAACCUCCUGAAUCAGAACCUCUGAAGAAACGACCCAGGAAAAUAAAUCUGUUGAAGAAUUUUAAGAGUCAAAUCUUCUGAGCCUAGACCUACCGCUGUCAGCAUCUCUGAGGUCUCCUCCAUCUGAGAAUUACCAGGUCUGACAACACUUUCCCUCUGUCCUACAGUGAGGGAUGUCAACAAAACUGUAGAAAAGUCACAUCCUUUAGACUUCCAACCCUCAAGUUGAGGCAGCUGGGAAGAAACCUUACAAGCUUCAUCCUUACAGGGGAUUCAAAAAGACAAGAAGGGUAAAAACUGAGAUAUCUGAGCCUGAAAUUUACAAAAGCUUUCAGAAAGUCUCCUCACAGGAGAACCCAAAUAAUAAAUACACGUCAUUAGUGCACACAUUUAGAUGAGCUGUAGAUAAAAUAGAGCCCUUUCUCCCUCUACCAAAACAUAGUGAAAAGUCUGAUUUAAUACUCUGAGACAUUCUUGUCCCCAUAUCAGUAUUAUAAAGCAGUUUCACCACAUUUAUUUUAAUCAGUAUAAGAGUAGGACUGUGGGAAAUAAAAGAUUUUACUUUUUUUUAAUGAUUAAGACAUUCUGAUAAAAGCUAUUUGGGAGAGGGAUGCUGUGCUGGAAGAUAGAGAGGGCGUGGCAAUUGCCAAAUUAGAACAUCACCAUUUUCUUGCUUGUGCACUACUGACUUGGCUCCGGUUGUGAUCACUUUGUAUGAGAUUGUUAGAACACCUCCAGCAUAUUCAGAAACAGUCUAAGUGACUGUGGAAUGCCUCAAGGCCAAUAGAAAUCAAAUAGAAACAGGUACCAACUCAAGUCUUGAGUGAUGACAGAGGUACAUUUCAAGUAUCAUGGAAAUCUCACUGGGCGGGCCCAUUUCCCCACCCUGGCAACAGAGGUGGACACUACUUCAGAUAGGUAUUCCAACCUGUAUAUGUACGUGGGCUUAUUCCUGAGCCUCCUGGCCAUUCUCCUCAUCCUACUCUUCACAAUGCUUCUUCGACUCAAACAUGUCAUCUCACCCAUCACCUCUGAGAGCACAGAAAGUGUUCCUCAAUUCACAGAUGUAGAGAUGCAGAGUCGAAUCCCCACUCCUUAAAGUCAGAACGAAAGUGAGUAUUUGUGGAUCUCAGUGAACUCUUGUCCAUUAAUGUCCAGGAACGCUUACUUUGUUACAUGUAGCUUCCCACGUAGGGAAUCAACAAGUUGUUCAUUUAACAAGUCGUUCAUGUUUUCUUUGUGUUUUUCUCUAUCUUGACUCUCUCUGCUUGUGGGAUACCUAGGAGGUUUAAGACUCAUUCUCUGCCAGGAAUACAGGAAAUGGCAGCUGGUUGGGAGGACAGGUUUCCAUGGUAACCAAAGAGAGCCUGGGCCUUGAGCAAACCUCAGACCACAGAAAUUCAUAUGCAGCUGUUAUAAAAAACACAGGAUCCCUGGAAGCUCCAAGAACAAGGAAAAUUUGCCUUGGAAAGGGCUGAUUGUUCAAAGAGGGUACCCCAAGAAAGGAAUGUUUUAAUUUAGCACUAGGACUGUAAAGAAUCACCUCUGCUUACAUGAAGCUAAAUCAUAUCAGAGGACAAUGGAAAGGACCAUGAACUCUUUCCCAGAGUAGCAGUGAUUUUUAUCAUCUAUGGAAAAAAGUUUUUAAAGAAACUGUUUCAGUGUAAAAAGCAAGUUUGCAAAAAAAGAAGUUUCUAGUAAACAAACUCAUCUAGAGAGGGGAAAUGUGCAUUUUAUAUCUGUGUUAUUACUAUUACUGGACUUUUAAAAGCUCAGAUAAUGGCAGAUGUAUUACAAAAAUCUGGAACAAUGAGCUCCCGCAAAAACAAGGGAAAAUUAAGUCAAAAUGCGCUUAUGACAAUGAAUCUUAUAUUAUCCGUGCAGCUUCUUUGCUUUUUUCUCCUUCUCCAUCACGCUCAACCUUGGCAAAGAAGACUCAAUUGUUCUUUAAAGCAGAAAUGAAAUAAUCUUGGUAUUCUGUCAUUGAAUGAUUGUGGCUUUGGACAAAACAUUCAAGCCUUUGGGUGCCAGGUUUUUCUUUCUGAAAAAUGAUCUGAGAGCUAUUUUGUCAUCACUAGACUCCUUUUAGAUCUGAGUGUAAGAAAAACAAAGAGAAACAAAGGAGGAAAGGACUGAACAACACCCUCCAACAAAUCUCUAUUGAAAUCAACGUCCUCAAAUGUCACAUUUGUCUUUCCCAGAAAAUGUUCCUCCCUUCCUAAUCCCUGCCAAAGAUGAAGUGUUUCACUUAUUACCUAUAAGAGAAAUAUAUUUUGAAAAAUUCCAUUCUCAUAAGUAGCCCUAGGAUGCCAGUAGUGGAGACAGAAUUUGAUUUUUUUUUAAACUAAUGUUCCAAAAGGGAGCCAAAGGAAAUGAGUACUGUUUACAAAUUAGAAAUUAGAAGGCUGGCCAUACUCUUGCCACCAAAGAACUAAUAAUACAGUCAUGUUAAAUUCUACCUGCUUAAAAAAAUCAGUUCUCUCUUGCACCUAAAAGGUGGUCAUCAAAUUUUAACAGGGUGCUCCCUCAGGAACUGCAGUGGCCAUGAGAGAGAAGUGAAUGGGUGUUAGCUUAAUGGCACCUCUACCAGACUUGCAGCUCUCUCUAGUUUGUUACCAAUUUAGACUGGCCCGUUUACUCUGAUCUAAAUCUAGCCUGGUGGUGAAAUUCCCAAGUGAUUUCUCCUUUUAUACAAAGUCAUUUGCCAGUACUCCCCUCUCCAAGGGGCUGCACAGUGUGAAAUCCCCACAUGCAGAGCUAAACUUAGCAGCAAGGCUGACUCUGGCACACCUGGUACAAUAGUGCACUGUAAGGGAUGGCAGCUGCAUUCGGCGCCAUUCAGAAGAGAUCAGCAAGUAGGCUAAGACUUGGAUAGGGCAUACGCUUCCCUUUUGGCAUUAUAUUUUCCAAAAUGCAAAGUGAUUCAUAUUAUUACAUUUGGUGGUUUAAGUUGUGACUUUACUCAACACCCAGACUCCAUGUACCCUUUAAAAUGUUAGUUCUUGGCAGCCAUACGUGGACUUCAUCAAAGGUUGGCAAUAUACCCCAGAACUUUUUAAGGACACACAACCCGCCUCACUCUAGGCUCUGCCUUUUGUGCUCACAGUAUUUGAAUGCACUUUACAGUUAAGAAGUCAGUGGCUGGAUAAAAGAAGAAACUGAUUACACUUUCAACAGCAGUUAAUAGCAAGAUACCCAAUGCCUUGUUGCUGAAUCUGAUGAAGAGACAGACUAUGAAUCUAUUCCUUGCCCACCUGACCUCCCCAACUCAGAUUUCAGGAGUUUAAAACUGCUCUUUAAUCACUGACUUGGAUGAAGAUUCCUAAUUUAUGAUUAAGGCUACUCACUUGGAAAACAACCACUCUCUUUCAUCACAACUGCCCCAUGGGAUCCAGAUCUUUACUGAGCAUUAACCAAAGCACACAGCACAGAUUACACUAAAAUAGCAGCAUAACCCCUCACAAUUUCCAGUGAUAGCAUAAAUGGAGAUGCAUGUAAGCAAAUGUGUUAUUAUGGUGACUCACAUGGUAUUUAAUCUUUAAGAAAAUAAACUGAGUGUUUUCGUAAUAGCAAAUCUACUGUAAAGAAAACAAUUUUUCCAUUUAUAUUAAAUUUUAUCAUAUCCCCCAAUGUAUUAAUUAACAUAUAUUACUGCUCAAAGAGGCCACUAGAGCAAUCAAUGGGAAUUAUUUGAAUUUAUCCAUCUAUCCAAAAUGCUGACUUGGCAAUUCCUUCCCUCACCCCCACUCACCAAAAAAUUGCACGUUAGCCUAGGUGUAUAUAAACGGGUAGGUUAUUUAUAUAUAGUUGAACUUUAUUUUAAGGUGAAAGAAUGAUUCUUCACUUUUUAUGACACUGAAUCACAUGAAAUUGCCAUUUGUGUAAGUCGAUAAUGCUGAAAAUAUCAGCGAUUUCAUAUAAGUCAAUCAAAUAAAAACACUCACCACAUGAAUUAUUUAAAUAGUAAACUCUCCUACUAUGUUUAAAAUAAUUCAGUUUCUAAAAAUGUACUUUGCAUACUUUUCCGAAUCAUGGGUUGUAUAAAACAAGGUUUAUUGUAAAAGGCAUGUAUAUUAUGUAUUUUGUAUCAGGCAGGAAAUAUUAAGGGGUAAAUCAAGUAAAGAUGGGUUCAUCCAGCCUAACAUUUCCAUCUAUGCCAAAUCUGAAGCUUUGGACUCAUAACUGAGUUUGACCGCUGCAGACCCCAUCAUACUUACUAAGUAGGUAAAAGGAGUCCAUUUAAUGCAAUUAAAUGGUUAUAUUUAGUAAUACAUUUUAUUCACCUGUAUUUGUACAAAUGAUGAACUUUUUUUAAGAAAAUGAAGAAUUGUGUGGAAGAAAACUCGGGUUUCUUUUGUUUAAAAUCAUUAAUAUUUGAGAUAGAUUCAUAUUGUAUAAAACAGAAAUGUAAUAUUUGAAUUAAUAUUUAGCAUGUCACUUUUGAUUCCUGGAAAAUAAAUUGGUUUGCUGAU